GAUGUUCGAGACCCGCAAGGCCAUGUCUGUGAUAGACCAUGACGCCCACCACGACCGCGAGCAGCUGCUGGACGCCGAAGGACAACAGAUGUACUCGACGAAGUACAGCCGCGCACAGAAGAAAACUGUGCUCGUCAAACGCAAAGGAAAGAAAACGUUCCCGUACGUCCGGCAAAUGUUGGAGGACAUGGUAGAGCGGCGUCGCUCCAUCACGCUGUCGGCGUCGGAGCCACGCACGGCGAGGUACGUGAACCCCAGCUCCACGCCGACGGCUGAGGAGAAGGCGGUGCUGCUCGCCGAGCAAGCGGCGCACUCUCGCUUCUGAGCGCGGCUGCCGACGGCCGGGACGGAUCCGGCGCCGCCGGGAGACGCCGGGUGGGGUCUUUUAGCCAGGGUCGUCGUUUUCAUUUUCAUCCAUGUGUAAAUGACUCUGAUGCACAUUUCGAGCGGCUCCUGGCUUAUCCGCUUGUGUAUCUCUUUGUGUGCAGGUGGUGUUCUUGACGCGCUUUUCGAGCGUAUGCUGGCAUAUCCGCUUGUGUAUCUCUGUGUGUGCAGGUGGUGUUCUUGACGCGCUUUUCGAGCGGGUGCUGGCAUAUCCGCUUGUGUAUCUCUGUGUGUGCAGGUGGUGUGCUUGACGCGCUUUUCGAGCGGGUGCUGGCAUAUCCGCUGGUGUAUAUCUGUGUGUAGGUGGCGCUAUUGAUGCGCAACUCGAGCGGGUGCUGGCACCGCCGUUUAUGUGUCUGUUUGCGAGUAGGUGGCGCUCUUGACGCCCAACCCGAGGGAGUGCUGGUGCGCGGACUUCCAGUUUCAUCGGUGUGCGAGUGCCGCUAAUCCAACUGUAUUAUUCUGGAGUAAGGGGUCGACGGGUCACGAGGGCGAGCUUUCACCGGGACGUGAGUUUCCGCGGUUUCAUUGUUUGUCGUUGUCGGCCUAUGGCCGCGAAAAAGUGAAAGUUGAUUGAAUUUGUGAAAUAUUAUGAAUGCGAAGGGUUUAACUCUAAUAGAAAAUCUGGAAAUCCGUGAAUGACCACUGUAUCCCCUCCAGACUCAAUCGUUCCACUGCGAACACGCGUCAAGAAAUUAGAAAACUUGGCGUCAGUUUGUGCUAUGCAUUGCACUCUGUAUUAUAUUAGCACAGAAACAUACACGAGGUCAAUCUU